GCGAAAUGACAAUGGAUGCCGUCUUGGCUCGGUUGAAACUUCUCAAUCCAGAUGACCUCCGAGAAGAAGUUGUCAAAGCCGGAUUGAAAUGUGGACCCAUUACAUCCACCACACGGUUCAUUUUUGAGAAAAAAUUGGCUCAGGCUUUACUAGAGCAAGGAGGAAGGCUGCCUUCCUCUCCUCCUGGCCACGAGGAGGCAGGCGUUGGAGCUCUAAGCCAAGACACACAAAGGAUUCUGAAGUCUGCUGUAGGGAAUCCCACCGAGCAGCCUGGUUUUUCUGAAGACAGAGACUUCGGUUACAGCGUGGGCCUGAAUCCUCCAGAGGAAGACGCUGUCACGCUACAGGCCUGCCUGGCGCCCCUGCGUGCUGUGGCCCCCGACGCCCAGGGAGCCGGAGGGACGGCCUCUAAGGAGCCGCCUUUGUACUACGGGGUGUGCCCCGCCUACGAGGACGCGCCGGCUAGAAACGAAAGGGUCCACGUUUAUGAAAAUAAAAAGGAAGCAUUGCAAGCUGUCAAAAUGAUCAAAGGGUCCCGAUUUAAAGCUUUUUCAACCAGAGAAGACGCUGAGAAGUUCGCUAGGGGAGUUUGUGAUUAUUUCCCUUCUCCAAGCAAAACCUCGCUCCCACUUUCUCCUGUGAAAACAGCACCACUCUUUAGCAAUGAUGGUUUGUGCUUGUCUGAGUCAGAAACGGCAAACAAGGAGCGAGCGAACAGUUAUAAAAAUCCCCGUACGCAGGACCUCACUGCCAAGCUUCGGAAAGCUGUGGAGAAGGGAGAAGAAGAUGCCUUUUGCGAUCUCGUCUGGAGUAAUCCCCGGUAUCUGAUCGGUUCAGGAGACAACCCGACCAUCGUGCAGGAGGGAUGCAGGUACAAUGUCAUGCACGUUGCUGCCAAAGAGAAUCAGGCCUCCAUCUGCCAGCUGACCGUAGCCACCCUGGAAAACCCUGACUUCAUGCGGCUGAUGUACCCCGACGACGAUGCGGCCAUGCUGCAGAAGCGGAUCUGCUACAUCGUCGACCUCUACCUCAACACGCCCGACAGGAUGGGCAACGACACGCCAUUGCACUUUGCUUGUAAGUUUGGGAAUGCAGAUGUGGUCAACGUGCUUUCUUCCCACCAUUUGACCGUAAAAAACCCAAGGAAUAAAUACGAUAAAACACCUGAAGAUGUAAUUUGUGAAAGAAGCAAAAAUAAAUCUGUGGAACUGAAGGAGCGGAUCAGAGAAUAUUUAAAGGGUCACUACUACGUGCCGCUUCUGAGAGCAGAAGACACUUCUUCUCCAGUCAUCGGGGAGCUGUGGUCCUCGGACCAGGCGGCCCAGUCCUCUCCUGGGGGCCGCUAUGGAGGCAGCCCCAGAGACCCUGUGCUGACCCUGAGAGCCUUCGCAGGGCCCUUGAGUCCGUCUAAGGCAGAAGAUUUUCGCAAACUCUGGAAAACUCCACCUCGAGAGAAAGCAAGCUUCUUUCACAAUGUCAGGAAAUCUGACCCGGAGAGAGGCUUUGAGAGAGUGGGAAGGGAGCUAGCUCAUGAGCUGGGGUAUCCCUGGGUUGAAUACUGGGAAUUUCUGGGCUGUUUUGUUGAUCUGUCUUCCCAGGAGGGCCUGCAAAGACUAGAAGAAUAUCUCGCUCAGCAGGAAGUGGGCAAAAAGCCUCAACCAGAAACAGGAGGAAAGAAAACCUGCUGCAGAGAUGGAGCCCCCACCUCUGCAGGCAGUGGGAGGACCUGCAGCAAUUCCAUCUCUGUGGGGGCGUUUCUAGAUGAAGACGACAGGAGCUUGGAAGAAAUUAAAAAUCGGCAAAAUGCAGCUCGAAAUACUCGCCAGCCCACAGGCAGUGCUUCUGGACACCCAGGUUGCAGCACCCUCCCCGCGGAGCACACGGCGGACUUCAUAGAAGCCUCAGAACCGAACAGUCCCCACGGCAGCAGAAACGGGUUCUGCAGCCCCUCGAGUCACGAGACACUGGGAGGGAAGAGGCCAGAGUCCCCCGGCAAGGAGGAAGCAUUCCUGUCACCCGUCUCUGGUUUGAGUGCCGAGUUUGAACAACUGAAUUUGCAAAAUCUAGGAAGUAGCUUUUCCAAGGCACCAAAUAAAAAUACUAUGAAAACUAAAGGUAAGAAGAUCCUGACUUCAAGAAAGGACGCGGCAGAAAGUGACUUGUCAGCACCUCCUGCUACAGACGGACUCGGCAAUAACCAAAGACAGACGGAGAGUGAAAUGUCAGCUGGAGUUGCUAAGAUGUCCCUGGGCCCCAGCAGCCCCCGGCAGGGGCCCCCGAGCGGGUGUGGUCCUCAGUCUCCUGCAUCCGCCCCCAGCACGCGGGAAACUGCCCACAGGCUCUUCCUUUUUGGAGAGGAGCCAUCAAAACUAGAUCAAGAUGUGUUGGCGGCUCUUGAAUGCACAGACAUCGACCCCCGUCAGUACCCGGCUGUCCACAGGUGGAAGAGCGCCGUCCUGUGCUACUCGCCCUCAGACAGGCAGAGUUGGCCAAGCCCCGCACUGAAAGGAAAGUUCAAGUCUCAGCUGCCGGAUCUCGGGGGCCCUCACAGCUGCAGUCCAGGGAGAAGCGGUCCUGCGGGAAGCAGCCCUGGGAAGCCCGGCCACACCUCCUGCUGCCCCGGCCUGGGCAGCCCUGGGCACCACAGCCCUGCACACGGGAGCCGCCUGCACAGGGCCAUGCGCCUGGCCGAGCUUGCCGCCCUGUAGGGUCGGUACUCGCUGCCGGGCUCCUGCUUUGCUCUCCGUUUUUAAAGAAAGGGUAAUAUGUUUCUUGCUAAAAUUUCACAAAAGAUUAUAUUCUGAUUAACUUAUUAACCUUCACUUUGAGAGUGUAAGAUUUUAGAAAAUGCAAGUGUUCUAUAUAAAAUUUAGAUUUCUGGUAUGUUGGAAGAAGUUAAUGAAACCAAACUCAGAUACAAAUUUUCUGAAAAAUGUCGACGUAGUAGGGGUACGGACCUUGUAGGCAGGACUUCUGGGUCUGGGAUGCCACAGAGAGGUGCCGAGGCCAUUUACUGACAGGUGGUCGUGUGCUCGCCAGACCUCCUGAGCAAACGCUCCAGACUCGGGAGGGAGCGGCUGAGCCGUUAGCGCCAACGUCCCCGCAAAGGUCAAUCGCGUGUCAUCCUGCCUUCUGGGGGCACCUCCUGGACGGUCUGGCACACGAUGAUGCCAGAACCCCUCUCAGUUUGCUGGUUGACCCUGUGGUUUAGACGGAGGGAGGAGGUAGAUGGCAGGGAGGCAGUGAACCUGGAGUACGUCUCAGACUUGCAGCGAUAUUCAUAAUCUGGGUCAUUGAAAACAUUUAAAUUAUUGACCAGAAGAUAAAAGUAGCUUUUCUCUUAGGGAAAGUCUAGCCAUUGGGAGUUAUGCAAAUAGUCCCACAAAACUCACCAGCAAUAAUGAAAAGGUGUUUUAUUUUUCACCAGCACUUGAGCUUUCAGUCUACUUUAUUUAGUUGCCAAUGCAGAGAUAAUAAAAUAAUCUGUAAAUUGUUUCCUAGUUUUGAAAUUUAUUCCUAGGAUUUGCUGAGCAUACAUGAUUAUAUGGCUGACUAUGGCAGAUGUAUCCUUUAUUUUAGAAUUCAUUCCAGUUGGGAUUUCCUUUAUGAAAGAGCAUUGCUUUACAGUCCAGAAACCAGAAAUUUGAGUCCCGUUUCAGUUCCUUGUAAUGCUUACUGUAGCCGUUACGCUUGGCUCUGACCGCGGCAGGGUCUGCAGCGUGUGAGCAGCAGGGAGCAGAACGCAGCACCAUGUGCUGAAGAUUCCGGGAAGAACUAACCUUGCUGAAGGCCGAUUUCUUCCUGGGUGUUAUAAACAACUGCUCAUACACAAGCAGUAUUUUGUGAACAUUUCCAGUGUCUAAUCCAAAAGGAAAAACUACCAAUGUUUUUGCUAACUUCAGUGCCUUUUGUAAAUCAUUUUUAAUUUUCCUGAACUUGCUUUUUGAGAAUAUACAGUGAUACUAUGUAGGUGUAAGAUUGUUUUUUGUUUGUAAAAAUUCUGAACUGAA